AUUGAAGUUUUUGCUAGCGAUCAGGCGCGGCUGGGUGGUGGCGGCUGUUUCAAUGCCAAUGGAGCGGCCUUGCAAGGGCAGUCGGGCGGGCCUGGUCCUCCUUAGAACUUCUAGAAGAGCAACAGCAGACGUAUCUAGGUUACAGUAGAAUCAAUACUUGUUGAAUGCUCAUCAUUGUGCGGCAGCCGCCCAUGGCGACCAGCUGUCCGCGUCUGCAAGUGCCGCCCACCAAAAGCACGCGGUGCGCCACUGCGUCCCCAUGUGCCCACAAUUGGAAAGUUCCUGGACAGCCGCACCGUAGCUUAUCGGCUUGCAGUGGCCGGGCUCUGAUAAGUGGGCGCUCGCCAUUCUGCAUUGCAAGAAAUAGCGCCGCGCAAAGUUGGGCAAAGUUGGGUUUGGUUCAGCGGAGGUGGCGCUGUAGGUCCAUCGGAAGAAGGACGGUCAAAGUAUGCAGCGGCAUCACUGUCGGGGCGACAGAAGAACCAGUGCCAAGAAGGUCGAACCUUUCAAGCACUUCUUUGAUAGGUUCGCCGGAAGACCCGGCUGCCCUUCCAGGGCUUGAGGUCUUGGAAGACAUUUUUGAACCCCGGCGAAAGGGAAAACCACUCGCAGCCGAAUUGUCUGCCGUGGCUGAGCUAGAAAGUCCUCCAGAAUUGCAUAUUUUAGAAGAGCUGCUAAGUGAAGGGGGUGGUGUGACUGGGGCUGCUCAGGGGGUUGCCGGUUUGAGAGGACGGGGUCAAAGCCCGGAAGUUACGAAGGUUGGUUCGGGGGACAAUGUUAGAGACAAAGACGUGGGCAGAAUACAGGCGGGUGGCUUCGGAGUGAACCGCCAGAAAUGGAGAAGACCUCCAUUGAAAAACGAAGUGGCCAGCAGCAAUGGAGAGGGCACAAGCGGGGAGCAAGGAGGUGACUCCCGCUCUACUCUGGAGGCAGCUCUUCGCAAUGCGUCCAAGAGCAAGGAAGCGAGACUUGUACUCGGUGGCGGGGGGGUCCCCAAAAAGGCCUUCGAUCCCCCUAGUAAGAAGCUGACUUAUGCUGGGCGUUUUGGCGAAGAUGGGCGGAAUGAGCAGAUUCCGAAUGUAGGGGAAGGUAGUGAGGAAGCCCGGGCUUCUAGAAGCCCAGCAAAGGGUGAGAGUAGGCAGAGUCGGGUUGUUGGACAAUCGGUAGCAAGUACAGGCAUAGCCCAACCUGCGGAGAAGAGCGUUUUGAGGAGUCGCAGUGCUGAUACUCAAGCCAGUCGCGUGCCCGGGGCCUGGGCCCAGUGGCUGAACAGUGUCAGUGAGCGGAAAGGGGAGGAAGAGCGAAGUGGUGUCUGGGACAAAUUGCAAUCGCAGACGGGCAAUAGUGAGGGGGUUGGGGAUCAGCAGGUCCUGGAGGGGCGGGAGACUGGGGAAGAUUCUGCAGUAACUGGGGGGGUCAGGCCGGUUGUGGAGAGGUACUCAGGAGGCGCAGCAGGAAGUGGGCAGGAGUUCAAUCUGAGCAGGGGAGGCGAUCCGGAAUGGGAUACAGGCAGGGGUGCAAAAGGCGUUCUCGGAGAAAGAGGUGGGAAGUCGUUCUCAAGAUCAGAUUCUGAGGACGUUCUUGGGCUAGGCGGCCAACUUGCGGGUGUUUGGUCGAGCAACGAGGACAGAGGGGUCUCCCAGGCAGCUUCGGCAAAAUCAGCUGCUGCCAGUGUACAAACUCUUGGAAGAAACGGAGUUCGCUUCAUUGCGGAGGGGUCCCAGUUGACGGAAGAGCCCGCGCUGCGGAGAAGGGGGCUGGCGUACGAGAAACUGAGCCCCAGCGAGCUAUUCGGGGAGGAACCGUUUGAGGCGGUCACUGCAAAGACCGGGUUAAGAGAGACGGGGUUAGGGAAGGGGGGACAAGGGGAACGCUGGGGAGUUGAGGGGCUGGAAAAGGACUUUGCAGAGGAGGAUGGUGCGUUGGUAAAGGAGAACGAUGGUGGGUCGGGGGAAGGUGUUGAGCUGGUGCAAGGGUGGUCAAGAAACGCAGAAGGAAAGGGGGACGAUGGAGAGCUUUCGCGGCGCGGGUCGAGUCGGAAUGGGGCAGCGGGGAUCCCUCGAAACCUGGAAGGUGCGGAGAUUGGUCAUGGCAGGGCUUGGGCGGUUGACACUGUCUUGAAUCCAGUCGGCCAGUCUGCUGAUGGAGUCGAAUCAUUGAGGAAGAGCCGGUUAGAAAGUGGGUUAGGAGGUGGUCAGCCGGCGACGAGAAUAUGGAGCGCGAGUGAUCGGAGCGGGUCAGCAAGCGGGUUGGGAAGCGGGUUUGAGGGCCGGCCGAUUGCACUACGGCGGGGCAGAGCGGAUGCUCCAGAAAGGCAGGGUCCAUUUACAGAGACAGGGACUUCUAGGGAGGUUUCGGAACGGGUGGGUGACGGUCGGGAGCAACGGGAAGCGGAACGAGCUGCCGCGAAAGACAGGGCCUGGGCCGCUUGGCAGGAGUUCAGCUCGGGGAGGGGCGGGAGCCCCCAGGAGAUGAGCGAGUUUCUUGCCAAAUGGACUGCGGAGAAUGCCGCUACCGGGAGUGGGGAGGAAGAGGAGCCGGUGAACGAGCCUCGGUCCGCCGGCGGCGACAUGGGGAGAAGGAGAAGCGCGGUCAGUGGGUGGGAGGGUUACGUCUCAGAUGCAAAUGGAGGAGCCCCUGAGGGGUCAUACAGUGCGUUUGCGGAGAGAGCGGCUCCCAGAAAGGUCUUUGUACGAGGGGCGGCGAAGGGGACGCCAGGCGGGGCAAGAAGAGAGGCGAUCAGUUUGUCGAAGGGUUAUGGCUCAGAUGCAGACGGGGAGCGCCGUGAGGGGUCAUACAGUGGGUUUGCGAAGACAGCAGCCCCCGAAAAGGUUUUCACACGAGGGGCUGCACCAGGGACGCCAGGCGGACUUAGGAGCAAAAGCAGUGGAAGGGGCAGAGAGGUCAGGCCUGUGGCAGAGAGUUUAAGAAGCGUCGAAGAAGCGGAUCGACCCGGUCUAGAAAGACCGAAGGAGGUCAGGGCGGAGGAAGGUGAGUUCGGCGGGCGGGAAGAUAGUUCACGAGGGGGGGGGAGUGACCGGGCAUUGAGCCACCCCCGAAAUGGCGGUGUUCGCACACUGAAGGACAUCGCUCCUCAAGGCCCAACUAACGGACGGCAGAUAUCGGGGGAUCCCCCAAUCGCUUCAGAGCCCAGUCGCGAGACAUGGGUGAGAAGGGCCGAUGCGAGCGAAGGGCCCGGGGCGGAAGCUGACGUCAGCACGGCCUUCGGGGCCGAUGGCGAAGGUGCUGACGUCAGCGAGAACCGCAACGGCGUGCCAGCAGCGGGUGCGGGUGAGGUCAGCGCAGAGUCUGAAGAGGCGCUGGAGUGGGGCAUGAACGAAGGAGCGGACCCAGAUUGGGUCGGCGAUGACCAACUGGGAGCUGACACGUGGCAGGAGUGGGAGGUGGAGGAUGACGACGAUAUCGUGCAGCCGACCGAGACCGACUGGCAAAAGGUCUUUGUCGCCGCGGCAGCCCGGCGCCUCCAACGCGCCGGCCGGGAGCCGGAAACCGAGCCCGAGCCAGUCGAGCUUCCGGCAGAGGUCGCGGCCGGGGGAUCCCCCCGGGUGCAGUUUGAGGAACUGUGCGAGGAGGAACAAAAAGCCCUGCUUCUGCGCGAGUCGCUGGACCUGUCGGUGCGCAACCGCGUGCAGAAACUGAAGGACUCGCGGCCGCGGAAGAAGCCCCGGGAUGAGCGGACCAUGGAGGAGCGCGGCUUCGCGGUGUUCCUGGAGGUCUUGCCCGAACUAGAGCGGCAAAAACUGCUGUGCCAGAAGAUCAAGUCGGGCCAGCUCGUGUGGGCGCCUUGCUGCGUCUACUACGUGAUCCACCACAGCCACACGGAGAUCCUGCGCUUCUUCAACGCGCGCACGCGCGCGCUCGCCCGCCAGUGGAAGCUGGGCUACUCCGCGACCAAGGCGCUCAACUACUACAUGCGCUCCAGCUGCGCGCUCACGCUCGCCAUCAAGAACCAGCUCAAGUCGCGAGCCGCAGCGUACCGUAAGUGGGGCCGGGAGUUAACCGACCCCGUAACCCGGGCCAAGUUUGAGAUGAAAACGCCCAUCCCUCUUGGGGGCUGGGACACUAUCGACUGGGACCGCCCGGUUGGAGUGCGAGCGGUCGGGGGAGGGUACUAUACACCAGAAGAGAUGAGGGUCCGAACCCGGAUGGUGCCCCAACCGAUUACUUGGAAGAUUCCGACGGUGAACGAUCCCACUUUGGGGGGAAAGUGGGACCUGGGGAUCGAGACCCCUCAGAAAGUGCGGCAGCGGACGAAGCCGGAUGGGGGGCGGAGGGGCCGGAGGUAGGAUGCUGUGGUGGAGGAGGAGAGUAAAAUCGUGGACGGAUUGCGAACAAAAGCAGGGACUCCAGACAAUAACUGGUGGUACAAGUGCGUUGUCGAGUUAGUACGCAUGCAAAAGCCACAUUCAACCUUGGUUCACCUCCAAGUUUAUGCCUGAUUGGGCG